CGACCCGACCCAACCCUCUCAGUGCUUCCCUUCCCUUCACGUUUCCGCUGGCUGUUUCCUCUCUGUCCCGACUCCCCGGCGACCUCUGGCUCUGACCAAUCGCGAAUACUUCUUCCGCUUUCGCAGCCGCUCCGUCCUUUCCAUCUGAAGUGAAAGAGAUUUAUUCUAUUGGAGUCGAACAAGUAUCCUGUUGUAGCUUCGGUUCAUUUUCAACCACUAAACCCAGGAAGCAAGCAUGCAGGCCAGUGACAGGUUUAAUAUCAAUUCCCAGCUCGAGCAUCUCCAGGCUAAAUAUGUUGGAACUGGGCAUGCGGACUUGAAUAGAUUUGAGUGGGCGGUGAACAUCCAGCGUGAUAGCUAUGCAUCAUAUGUUGGCCACUAUCCGAUACUGGCCUAUUUUGCCAUCGCUGAAAAUGAAUCAAUUGGAAGAGAACGGUACAAUUUCAUGCAGAAAAUGCUAUUGCCAUGUGGUCUGCCCCCUGAGAGAGAGGACGACUGAGAGCCGGUUCAUUUCCUGGGUAUUUGCUGCUUGUGGGGUUCUCCGGAGAUUGGGAUUCUAUGGGAACGGUUUGUACUCGGUCUAUUAUCCUACUGACUGUAAUUGUGUUGGAGCGGAGAGCGAGCAGGUAUCACAAUGGUGCUAAUAUGUGGCUUUAUUACUUCAGUGUCGCUUGGAGUGAUGUUGCUAGGAGAUGGUUUGUUACUUAUGGUUUCAUUCUGCACUUUGUUUUGGUCUUCUGAGUUGUGAGGACCGCUUCGAGACGAGACUUAUGAAAGCAGAGGACAUUCUGGUUGUAAGCAUCGUGGUAGGGAAGGAACAACAUAUGUCAAGUUGAUCUUUCGGUGUUGGAAUUUGUAUAAGACAAGGGUCAGUUCUACAAAUUCUGGAGUAAAGGAAUCAACUCUAUAAAUUAUUCUUCCCUUUUUCUACUUCA